AUGUCCCCCAUCGUCGUUCGCAACCCUCGACAAGGUGUACAACAACCCUGGAAUCUUCUGCCCGCCGCAUCCAGCUUCCGACUGCGAGUUCCGCUGUCCUCGACUACGUGGAAUUUCUCGAUAGAUACACGAAAGCUCGGCGAAUCUAUGUUGCUCCUAAUAUCGCUGCUGUGCGCUGCCCACUACAUUUCGACAUGUCCCACGCCAAAAAUACCGUCUGUCCCCAUACCUAAUACUCAUACGUGGCUGGCCAUAGAGCUUCAAGUAUUGUCAUCAGCAUCGUUUGUCUACCUUAUUUGGACCCACAGCACCCUCUCGAAUAAUGAAGUUGCGCCGCCACCCCAUAGAGAAUCUGUAUCAUCAACUGUUACGGCGGCCUACUUGAAUAAUACUCGCCCUGCAUCACCCCGACUUUCUGAAAACCCACGACGCCAACCGCCCCCUCCAUGGGAUACCAGCGACUUUGGUUUUGUGUGGAUGUCUGUCCCGAAAAAUUAUAGAGAAUCACGCGACGACGGCAUACUUACAGGCCUGUUACUUGGACCACUCAUCGCGUCAGCAUUGGUUAUUACCACACUGAAAAAAAGAUUCUCGGAAAGUCUUCCAGCCGGCUGGCUCAUCGAGGCACCUGCUAUGUUACACUACUCUUUGGCUAAAGUACGGCCAUCACAAGCUGUCCUGCUUUCGCGUUAUAGCCUAGUGGAUCUAAGCACGAUGUGUUCGACGAUAUUGCUCCUCCACGUCUGUGCAUCCUGGCAUCUGGAACGCCAACUGGCAAGAGGUUGUACUAAUAAAGGCAAACCCGAUGGCGAACGCGCAUCAGUUCCGCGAAAAGAAGGUCGAAGGUCCUGGUAUUAUGUCAUUUUCACUCUGUCAACGAGUGUUGUGAUCAUCUCUCUCAAAUUUAUUAUGCGGGCCUAUGAUCUUAAUUUAUGGAAAUAUUUAAACGUGUUCGAAGUCGUCGUUGUGUCGUUUUUUUACCAAUUUACGCUCUAUGUGGCGCUUCGCUUGGCACAUCGUGGAUUUACCCUUGGCGAACUUGGAUUGGUAUCCUUUGGAGGUACAGCCAUUUGUCUGGAGUUUUUGAACAUUACCAUCGCAAGAAUUUGGCCUAUUACGACCCCAUACAUUCGAACCUAUCGACUACCCACACCUCUCCUAACCUUCCAGAUAGCUCUUAUUGUGGGAUCUCUCCUUACUGGAUUCCUGCUUUCUCCCUUCCUUGUCCUGUCUCGAAACAAUGCACAGCGCCCCGUUCAUCGACUUCGUUUCCCGCAAGAGAAAGAGAGGAACCGACGGUAUUAUGCAUUAGGUUUCUAUGUCGGGACCGUCCUCAUCGUGGGCGGUGCUAUCGGUUUCUGGACGCGUUGGUGUCUAGGAAAUCGAGACCCGUGGCUUUGGGUCGUUUUCCGUAUUCUCGAAGGCAGGAAAAAAUGGACGCGUCCUGCUCUGCUUGCUUACUGGGCGCUUUUGGGGAUCAUCAGUGUCGCUGGGUGGAAUCGUCAGCUGGCACGAUCACGUCGUUUCCGACCCAGGAAUCCGGUAGCGCUCGUCACCGAUAGCUCCGUCGUGAACUCCACUUCAGCGGAUGCCGGACCUGCACCUUCGCCCUUGGAGAAUUCAGGGAAUGGCUCUCCAUCCUCGACCCCUCCGCCUUCGACAGGCCCAUUGGGCAUGACGUUCCCAACAUCGUUCCCAAAUAUGCCGAAUCUGCCAAACCUGCCAAACCUACCCAAUGGCGCGAACAUGUCAAACGUCGCGACCGAUCUGUUGGAUGCCGCAGACAAACAUGUGCCUACCCUUGGCUUGAAUGCCCGGCGCAAGUUCUUCCAUGGACUUGCAGUUGUCAUGUUUGUCCCUGGAGUUGCGAUCGAUCCUGCCUUCACACACUUGUCUUUCAGUGCUGCAUUCGCAUUGUUCACAUUCGCUGAAUACGUCCGAUACUUCGCGAUCUAUCCUUUCGGAGCUGCUGUUCAUCUAUUCAUGAAUGAGUUCCUUGACCAUAAAGACAGUGGGACGGCGAUCUUGAGCCAUUUUUAUUUGUUGACGGGAUGUGCUGGAUCGCUCUGGCUGGAAGGACCGAGUAUGCUGUUACAGUUUACAGGUAUACUAACCCUCGGACUAGGAGACGCUGCGGCCUCCAUUGUAGGUAGACGGUUAGGCAUACACCGAUGGUCGCCUACUUCAUCGAAAACGGUGGAAGGAAGCCUCGCCUUUGUUGUAUCUGUUUUCACGGCAGCCCUACUUCUCCGUCUUCUGGGCAUUGUGGAAGCAUUUUCGAAUGUGCGGUAUCUGUUUGUCGCCGCAAUUUCCGCCGUUCUCGAGGCCCUGUCGGACCAGAACGACAACCUCACACUACCCUUGUACAUGUGGAGUAUGUUAGUGGUCGCCGGGCUCUAG